AUGGAGUAUUAUCGAGCUAUGUGCCCUCCGGCACCUACCCUGACUGAGAAGAACCUCCCUGAUCAAGCUGGCAAAGUCUUCAUUGUGACGGGUGCAAAUUCCGGCGUCGGUGCUGAGCUUGCUGAGAUUCUCUAUGCACACAAUGCAACUGUCUAUGUUGCUGCCAGGUCAAAGGAGAAGGCAAACUUCGCCAUAGAGAAGAUCAAAACCGCAGAGACAACAUCAUCCUCAACUGGCAAAAUCGCAUUCCUUCACCUAGACCUGGCCGACUUAACAACAAUCAAAGCUUCAGCUGAAGAGUUCCUUGCAGCAGAGUCUCGUCUUGAUGUUCUAUGGCUCAAUGCUGGAGUCAUGACCCCACCCCAAGGAAGCAAGACCGAACAGGGACACGAACUCCAGCUUGGAACGAAUAAUCUCGGUCAUUUUCUGUUUGUCAAAUACUUGCAUGAGAUUUUGAAAAGGACAACUCUCGCAGCCCCAAAGAACAGCGUUCGAGUCAUUUGGGUAUCAUCUUCCGCGGCGAUGAUGGCACCUAAACCUGCAAUUGAUUUUGCAAACAUGACCUACUCCAAAGAGGAGAGCGCUAUGACUAAGUAUGCUCGUAGUAAGGCUGGCAAUGUCUUACACGCUGUGGAAUAUGCGAAAAGAACUGCGGGUGAGGGAAUCUUGAGCUUGUCACUGAACCCUGGAAACCUGAAAAGUGGUCUUCAACGACACAUGUCUAGAACUGCUGCUGCAGUCGCAGGACUGCUUUUGUAUGAUCCGAUUUUCGGCGCGUACACAGAGCUUUAUGCUGGAUUGAGUGCAGAGAUUAGUGAAGAGCACAAUGCAUCUUUUGUCGCCCCUUGGGGUAGAGUCAUCAAGAUCAGACAGGACUUGUGGGAUCCAGCGUUGACUGAGAAAUACUGGAAAUGGUCCGAGGAACAAGUGAAGGAAUAUUGA